AUGUGGCGGCGGGCCGCGACGGCGGCGCUGGCGCUGGGCGCCGGCGCCGGCGCCCACGCCAUCGCCACCUCCGAGGACCCCGCCAGGACCCUCAAGAUCUGCCGGCACCUGCCCCCGCGCCUCCUCCGCGACUCCGUCGCCGCCGCCGCCAUCGCCUUCGACUACCAGUACUCCCUCUGGGGCCUCCAGCCGGACUCCCCGGCCUGGCUGACCGCCAAGCACGACGCCCACCUCCGCUCCGCCAACCGCCUCCAGGAGCUCUGCUUCCGCAACGGCGGCAUCUACAUCAAGCUCGGCCAGCACAUUGCGCAGCUGGAGUAUGUCCUGCCGCAGGAGUAUGUGCAGACGAUGAGGGAGUCGAUGCUGAAGCGGUGCCCAGUCUCCUCGUACGAGGACGUCCGUGGGGUCUUCAAGAAAGAGAUUGGAGAAUUGCCAGAAACUGUUUUUGCAGAAUUCGACCCUGUCCCAAUUGCAAGUGCUUCUCUUGCGCAAGUCCAUGCCGCCACAACACAUGAUGGGAAAAAAGUCGCUGUUAAGGUUCAACACGACCACUUGCUGGAUACUUCUGUAAUAGAUAUUGCCACCGUGGAUUUAGUAGUGAAUGCUCUUAAUUAUAUUUUCCCUACAUUUGACUACAGGUGGUUAGUUGAUGAAAUUCGAGAAAGUGCGCCUAAGGAAUUAGAUUUUUUAUGUGAAGCUCAGAACAGUGAAAGAUGUCUGGUUAACUUUAGAAAGUUGUCUCCUCACAUUGCGAAUAGCAUAUGCACCCCCAAGGUUUAUUGGAACCUCAGCACGUCAAGAAUUCUUACUAUGGAGUACAUUGAUGCCAAGGAGGUAACUGAUGUCAAAGGCAUUAAAGACCUCGGAAUUCGCCCUGUUGAUGUUUCAAACCUAGUGAAUAAAGCAUUUGCUGAAAUGAUUUUCAAGCAUGGUUUCGUGCAUUGUGAUCCCCACGCUGCCAAUAUGAUGAUCCGACCCUUGCCACAAGACAGUAAAAAAUGGUUUGGAUCGAAACGGCCACAACUGGUUCUUCUUGACCAUGGUCUUUACAAAGAACUUGAUCACGCUACAAGGAUAAACUAUGCUUCUCUUUGGAAGGCGCUUGUUCGCGCCGAUCAGAAUGGAAUUAAGGAGUACAGUAUCAAACUAGGUGCCGGGGAGGAUCUUCAUGCACUUUUUGCUGGGGUUCUCACAAUGAGGCCAUGGGAACGUGUCAUUGACCCAUCUUUUGGUCAUCUUGUGCUGGAUGGGAAUAAUACUGAUCGUUCUGAAAUGCAGAUGUAUGCUAACUUGUAUUUCCCACAAAUCUCGGAGCUCCUCAGGAGACUACCAAAUGUCAUCUUGCUGAUGCUUAAGACGAAUGACUGUUUACGUGCAGUCAAUCAUGCCCUGGUUGGAGGGUCUACCCCGGAAUCAUUUGAGAUCAUUGCACGAGCAUCUUCUGAAGCUGUGUUUGAAGCUAAAAGGAUGGAGAAGAGGUUCUUUCUAUACAGAUUUAUAAUAUGGCUGGAGGAGCUUUUGAAUGAACUUCACCUAUUUGGAAUGAAGCUGUGGUUGCAUUAUCAACAACCAAGGAGGAUACUGGCUGGGUAA